AUGGUCAACGAGUUUGACUACAUUGUCAUUGGAGGUGGCACAAGCGGGUCCACCGUUUCCGCACGUCUGUCAGAGGAUCCGACGGUCAAGAUUCUGCUACUCGAGGCAGGCGCAGAUAGUGCAGAAGUCGAUAAUGUGCACAUGGCUGGUGCGUGGGCUCUGAACCAUGAAGGCGAGACAGAUUGGGGGUUCAUAACUCCACCGCAGCCAGGCCUCAAUGGUCGCCAAUGCCGUCUACCUCGGGGCAAAUACCUGGGUGGCAGCAGCUGUGUCAAUGCAACUGUUUGUGUACGUGGAGUCAAGCAAGACUACGAUGACUGGGGGUUCCCAGAGUGGAGUGGCGAUGAAAUGUUUCGCGCCAUGAAGAAGGCCGAAAUGUUUCAUUCUCAGGAAUGGUUUCCCGAAGACAAGAACGCUCACGGAUAUGACGGGCUUGUCCAUAUUGAACCAGCGCCAUGCGGGCCCCUUGGAGAUCUUUUCUUGGACAGCUUCCAGUCCAAAGGCCUACCUUAUAUUCCAGACUUGUUCAGCACGGGCGAGACUGGCCACGGCUGCGGCCAUGCCAUGAGAACGACCUGGAAAGGCUCUCGGUCCACAGCUGCUGACUAUGUCGCCAAGGACCGCCAGAGAGGCAAUGUCGAAAUACACUGUCAUUCCACCGCUGACAAGAUCAUCUUUGAACGAGACUCUGAUGAAGCUCCCCGAGCUCGAGGUGUUCAAUACGUGGACAAUCAAGGCAACAGACACGAAGCUUUUGCACGCAAGGAAGUUGUCUUGUCUUGCGGAAGUUAUUGUUCCCCAGCUGUCUUGCUCCGCUCCGGCGUGGGCCCGAAAGCAGAACUGGACGCGCUCGGCAUUACCUGUGAGAUUGAUCUGCCAGGCGUAGGCAAGAACCUUUCCGAUCACCAGCUGAUCUUCGUCUACUAUGAAGUCAACGAGGACGGGCUCACUGAGGAUGCCAAGAUCCAUCACGAUCCCAACUCACUGGAAAAAGCCGUCAAGGAGUGGAAGGAGGAUAAAUCCGGGUGGCUUUCAGCAUUUCCGUUUGGCACUGUUGCGUGGGCCCGCCUUGACGAGCGGCUAUCGCGCGAGAAUGCAGAGUGGCGAGGUUUUGACCGCAAGCCUGGCCGUGAUCCCAUGGGGCAAACGAAGAGUCAGCCCAAUUUCGAGUAUGCUCACACGAUUGCCUACGGCGGGCCUCCCGAGUGGACUGAUUUUCCCAAGGAGGGCCAAUUUGCCUUUGGAAUGUGCUGCCUUCUCAUGGGCAUGCAAUCUCGUGGAGAAGUAACACUCGAGAGCACCGAUCCUCUCGAGAACCCCAUUGUCGACCAUAGGUACUUCUCUGAUAGGCGCGAUCUGUUGAUGAUGUCAGAGGGCGUCCGCUUUGCCAACGAGCUCAUCACCACGGGCACGGGCACAAAGGACAAGAUCAAGGGCUCCUGGCCGCCUGAAAAAACCCACCACACGUUCAAAACCAAUGAAGAUUGGCAACCAUAUGUGGAAAAGCACGCGUCAACGUCAUAUCAUCCGGUGGGCACGUGUAAGCUGGGUCAGCGUGAUGAUCCGAUGGCGGUUGUCGAUCAAGGCCUGAGAGUCUAUGGAGCCAAGGGUCUCCGUGUUGUUGAUUGCAGUAUCAUGCCCGUGGCACACAGCGGUAAUACCCAGAUGCCAGCGUAUGGGAUAGGAGAAAUUGCAGCCGAAUUGAUACUGCAGGACAUGGGAAAACAGUGA